AGGAAGAACCAGAAUAGAUAUUAGAAUAAACAUAAUGAACGUCUUCGUAAUUUUAAAGGAAAACGCCAGUAGGUACGAUUGAGCUCCGGUAUUUCUUAUUGCUGCUAUAGGGUGAACACGACGAAGUUAUUCAGAGAGAGAGAGAGAGAAGGAGAUUGUUAGCAAAGAUCAAAUUGCGAGAUUGGUUUAGUUUAGGGACCGUUUCACUGUUUUAGCAAUUCAAUCUCUUCUCUCUCGUGUUCGCUUCAAGAUGGCGACUGAACCAGCUAUGUAUAUCCGAGUUAAGCGUAACAAGUCAACUUACUUUAUCCAAUGCGGUCCAGCUGAGAAAAUUCUGGAUAUUAAGCAGAAAUUAAAUGUUCUGGUUGACAAGCCAGUAAGUGAUCAACGACUGACCUUAAUGCCGAACGGAGAAGUGUUGGAGGAUUCAAAGUCAUUGGCCGACCAUAAUGUUGAAAAUGAUGCUGUUGUCGCGUUAACAUUGAGAAAAGAUGAUAAUGAAUUUGAGGAUAUCAAUAUUUUGCGGCCAAAUGAUUUCUACCAGAACCGUGACGGAGAUGGUGGCAAUUGGUGAGCCAUGAGAAUUCAUAGCUGCAGCAUGAUUUUUUAGGUAUAGCUAUACACAUACUGUAGUGGUCUUAUGUAUCGAGCAUUGGAUUUUAGUUUCAUAUAAAUACUAUAGUUCAGAUUUGUAGUUAGAUUCUAAUGUAUGCCGAAAUGUUCAUGCUUACUGGCAAGUGAGUUGCUUAUGCCAGGAGACAGUUUAGACAUUCGGGUAUGUGUAAUGUAGUUGCUGCUAUAUAUAUGGGAUUAUUUAGGGCAUUUUACGGGAGAACGAGCUUUGGGAACUUGGCAGAAGCCGUUCUUCAGGUUGUUUCAGGUCCACAAUACAUUAUAGUGUCUGGAAAAAAUUGAUAUGCAUUUGCCGUUCCAGUAUGAGCAAAUGCUUUGAGCUUUACAGGUAUCAACUUCGGAGGUAUUGGUUUAGCGAGAUGAUGAUGGUCGGUUGGUUUUGAAUAACUAGAGUUCAAGAACACGAAUAUUAUGUUUGGAUUGAUGGGCAUGUAAAUCUUAUUCCUCUGCCAGAAAAAUCAGAGUUAUACGUACUUGGCAUUAAUAGGUUAAUAGCAUUAGUAGUAGUACCUCUAUCCCACCAGUAACUCCAUCAGUUUAUACGCCAAUGUAAUGGGUAAUUUAUACAAAUUGUUCUUGAUCUA